AUGGCAAUUAACUGUGCCAAAGAAAGAUGGGAACAUUCAAACUCAUCGGAGCAAGCAGUUGAAGAAGAAUUAGAUGAAGAUUUAUCAUUCUGUGAUCUACCAGUCAUUAGUAAUUUGACAGAGGAGAAAGAAGAAGAGCAAUCAAGAAAAGAAGAUGCUUUGGCAAUUGAUCAUCAAACACAAGAAGAAUUCGAUUUUCCCUCAAGGGGUGGCUCUCUUUUGAGAGAAUCAGAAAUGUGUUCUGCUGAUGAGGUUUUCUUUCAAGGUCAAAUCCUCCCACUACGUCUCUCAGUUAGCUCACAGAGUGGCUCGGGCGGUGUCAAGCAAGAAAGCCAGAACAUUAGCCGGUGCACAUCAAGGUCUGAGUCCAUGGACCAUAAUUCAACAGGUGGGUUCACUAGCAACAAUAGUAGCAGAAGCAGCAGUACUAGAAGUCACAACUCAACAAGCAGCACUAGCUCCAACAAUACAUUCAGACGAAAUUCCAAGCCAAUUAGAGUCCAAAACAACUUUCUUACAUGCCCAAGUCCCAAACCCCAGAUCAGAAUUUCAACAACUCGACAAGGAACUGUGAGUAGCCGAAGCCGCAACUCAUCAGCAAGGGACUUUUUCCGACUGGGUUUGGUACCAACACCUGAGAUUGGAUUGCAAGACCUUAAGGUUCGUAGAAACAUUAGUGUUAACAAAAAUUCAGUCAGUCGCAAUAGCAGUCUUAGUAGCAGUAGCAGUAGUACUAGUGCUAAGAUUAAUAAUAGUAGUAGUCGCAAAAGCAACUCUGGUUUGAACAUGGAGGAUAAACAAAUAAGGCAAGGAUUCUUGGAGAGAAGACUAGGAGGAUUGUUGAGUGGCUGUAAGUGUACAGAUGAAACAGUUUCUUCAAAUGUUGUCAUCAUUAAGGGCAAUAGUGAAAGUGCUACAACAACGCAUGCUAAGAAAGCUGAGAAACUGUUGGAGUUGAAGAUGAAAAAGAAGCAAGAAGAAAAGCAGCAGGGAAAGCAAGCAAUGUCACGCCAUCGAACGUAUGAAUGGCUAAAGGAGCUUUCUCAUGCAACUUAUCCUCCUGGGUCCUGA